AUGCAAAUUCAACUACUUUCAAACUUUCUUAAUGGGUUUUGGUUUUUUGGAUACAGGCUGGACAAAACAAGUCGUGUGUUUCUGGAUGAUGCUCUCAACACGGACAACAUCCAAACGUAUGACGAGGCAGCCAUUGCUCGUUGGCUGGUCACUAUCCUGAUGUUGUGGUUGCUAGCCCAAGUUUUUGCCGCAGUCUUUGUCCAUUUCAUCAUCGAUCGUAUUGGUUCGCAAACGUGUUUUCUGGGUGCUGCUGCCUCAGUUUUCAUUUCAAUUUUUGUUCAAGCUAUUGUCGGAGCUCCUCAUAGUCUUCACAUCUUCAUCGUGGACCACUUCAGUACUUCUUUCUUUUCGAAAGUAUCUGAAAUUGCGGGGAACAAAUUUUGUCAAGAACUACUGGUGUCAAGUCCAUUCUUCGAACGAUUUUUCAUUUUCUUCAUCCCAAGAGUCUCGGGAAUGCUCUUUUCAACCAUUUUCCACACUUUCUGUUCUCAACUUAUGGAACUGUUGCAAUGGUUCCAGUCGUUUUGGUCUGCUACAGUGUGGUUGUACAUGAACCAAGCCCCUUUGAAUUAUAUCACAGAUCCCAUCAAGAGAUGGCUCGGAAAGCUCUAUUGAAGAUUGAUCCACAGUUGAACGGCAAUGCCAACCUUUUCCAGGAGUACUUCGGAAGGCUUCAAAUGACAGCCGAUAAUUUCCGAAUGAUGUUCUUGGAAAAACUUUCGUUUUCUUUUGUCAUAAGUGUGACGUCGUUGUUCAUAAUUGAAGAAGGUCUGGAAGUGUUCAAGAAUGUGUGGCCUCACUCCUCAUUCCGCAUGUGGCAACUCGUCACCAUUCUGGCCAUCAUCCUAACCAUCACUAAAAACAACAACAACGUGCUAAGCGAUUUAAAGGAAGAGGAGUUCAGCUCAGAAAUUCUGAACCUGCAGCUACCAAAUCAGCUUAAGAUGGCUGCUCAUCAAUUUCUUCAUCUCGAGCCAUAUCCUACGAUACUUUCUAAUGAUGAUCGAUUUACAACUCCAAUCAACAAAGAAAUCGCUGCAGCUGUUGAAACACAGAUAUUCGAGGAGUUGCAAAUCUCCACAGCAGCAGAACACGAACUCAAGGAACUAAGUGCGAACGAAAUCGAACUGUUCUUCAACGAAGAACACACAAAGCAACUUCGUCAACGCAGCUCUCAAUCGAGCGGAGCCAAUCUUCCUCACCGUCAGUGAUCAGUUCGCAAUGCUCCAGCAGCGACGAAGGAGCACAGAAAGUUCAGAGCACCCUCAUUCCGAAAAUGAGACGUCAACGGAUGACAAAGGCCCAAAUGAGUCUAAUGACCGAUGAGGAAAAGGUCGAGAGGAGAAAGAAUCAAAAUCGCAACUAUUCGAAAACGCAUGUUCAAAAACGGAAUCGUGGUAAAAUGGAGUUGAAAGAGAUGAACAGCACCUCAGAAGAACGUCUUCACCAUGCUAGGAUUCGAAAUGCUUCACAAGAAGAUUAUCUUGUGAAUUGUUUUGAAAACCGCACAAUAGACGGAAAUCUUGGAGGUGUGGAAGAAUUGAAAAUGGAAUUGGAAGGUGCUAAACAAGAAACAAUACAACGCAUUCGACUAGAAAAUUCGGAUGAUUUGGAGAAUACUCAAAAGAUGAUAGAAACAGCCAAAGCCAAAUUCGAUCAGCUACGUGCCAUAAAUGGAAUGCCGGGAAUUGCUCAAAGCACCUUCGACUCUCGAAAGUCACGAGCAAAAACGGCUUACGAGAUAGCUGACUAUCAGCUGAAACUUAAGCAAACUUCAAAUGCACUUCAAGAACUAGAUGCAAUCAGUGGAGUUCUCGAAAACAUGAAAAAAAGACUUAAUUGGUAA